AUGAGCCUCUUCGGCCUCGGCAACAGGUCCCUCUCUCUCUCUCUGUGCCCGAUUUCCAUCCCAUACGGCCGGGGCAUGGAUAGAAUACCGGCUGCCGGCGAUCGUAUUCCGGCGAUUUCCUCUCCACCAACCUCCCCCUCUCUCUAUCUCCCCUAUCUGGUUGCCAAUUAUGGUAUCCGACGACCUUCCCUUCCUCUUCUCUCUGUCUGUCCUUCCUUUCUGUAUCCCUGUCUCUGAAGGUGUCGAUGUUUCUAUCGAAUUUCUCCUCUCCUCCCGUUCCGAUCAUCGCUCUCUGUUCCUCUGGUUUCUUCUCAUCCAAAUCCUUCGAUGCCUGCACAGGAACCAGAAAACCUUCCGCCCCAAGAAAAGUGCUCCAUCGGGUAACAAGGUCAGCCUCUCUCUCUCUCUCUCUCUCUCUCUCUCUCUCUCUCUCCCUCUCCCUCUCCCUCUCUCUCUCUUACCAGGACCUUACGAUUGCUCUGCGUUCUCCUGUUCGUCCUGGAAAAGGGGGCACAGCUAAAGAGGCACAUCGACGCCACGCUGGGCAGUGGGAAUCUAAGAGAAGCCGUAAGGUUACCCCCCGGGGAGGACAUCAACGAAUGGUUGGCGGUCAACAGUAUGAUGAUAUCUUUGUCCUGUCUCUCUUCUCUGCUAUUGUUGGAGGGCAAAUCUGCGCAACCGUUGACCGUUAUCUCCCUUGUAUCGCAGCCGUUGACUUCUUCAACCAGGUCAAUCUCCUGUACGGCACUCUGACGGAGUUCUGCACGUCCUCUACGUGCCCCACGAUGACGGCGGGACCGAAGUGCUCUUCCUUUCAUUCUUCUCUCAAAUGUGCCACAUAUUCUUCAGCUUCUUCCCUUUUUUUCUCUCUCUGUUCUUCAGUCUUCCCUUCCCAGAACUGCUGCAUUCCUUCCGUACAUAGGCUUGAUCUAUAUAUAGCAAAUAAUACAACCUAUUUUUCAGCCAUUUUUUCUAUCUAAAGGAAGCUGCGUGUCAUCUGAAGAGCAUAAACUGUGUAGGGUUUUGGGUAUCCAUCAGCUUGGCUCACUGUCCGAUGAACUUGUGCAGGUUUGCGUACAUGUGGGCUGAUGGGGUCCAGAUAAAGAAGCCCAUAGAGGUCUCCGCGCCAAAAUAUGUGGAGUACUUGAUGGACUGGAUAGCGUUACAGCUUGAUGAUGAGACCAUGUUCCCUCAGAAACUCGGUACCAAGAAGUCGUCUUUGACCAAAGGAAAGUCAAACCUAGAGCGAAAGAAAGUUUCCUGGGGUUGACUAGUUGCUGUGUGUUUCAGGGGUGCCCUUCCCUCCCAAUUUCCGAGAGAUCGUCAAGACGAUAUUCAAGCGACUCUUCAGGGUCUAUGCCCACAUCUACCACUCACACUUUCAGAAGAUUGUCAGCCUCAAGGAAGAAGCUCAUCUCAAUACUUGCUUCAAACAUUUCACUCUGUUUACGUGGGUAAGUCUGCUCCAUCCUCACUACAAAGAAAGUGGAUCUUCCCAUAUUAGAGGCGAAAAUAAAGUAAAAUAAAAUCAAUAAAAUAAAACAGAUGUUCAGUUUAUAUUUCCACCGUUUCUAAUAUGUUCUUUUUUUCAUAAAAUUCAUACGAAGGAUUCUAAAAUAUUUCUUUGAUAUGUGCCCAUGAUUUUUUCCCCAGUUCCACAUAUUUUUUUGCAUAGUUCGAAGUGUUAUCUAUACCUGCCAAUGAGAGAGAGAUUUUUCCAUUCAACGGCGAUUCAUCACCUUUUCUCCAAGCUUGAAAUCAUAUUUUACCUGGAGAGCAUAUUAUUCUCUCGAACAGUUUCCCUCGAUCCUAAGCUGGAGAAAUAGCAUUAUCUUGGAUGCACCCAAUGCUGUAGAACCUGCAUCAACAAUGACUGAAAACAAAGCUAAUCCCCUUUUCCAAUCCUCCACCGCUCUGUAAUUCAUAUACCAUAACAGAUAAAACGCAAGCAGUAACUAAGCUUAAGAGAGAGUGGACAUGAAUCAGCACACAUGAAUAUGUUUUUAAUGCUGCUUCUCAUAUGCAAGAGAACGGCAAAAUGUGGGCUUUAGGAAGAUAGGAUCAUCACCAAAAACCUCUAUAACAUUAAAUGUAUCCGAGGUGUGAAAUUCUGCAGGUCAAUGAUAACGCAUUAAAAAAAAAAGAAAAAGGAAUGAUUGGCCUUAGAGUUGGGGAUCAAGGCAUAAGAACUUGUUUCUCUGUGCAGGAAUUCCGUUUAAUCGAAAAAAGGGAGCUUGAACCACUUCAAGACCUGAUAGAGUCCAUCCUCGUGUCAUAUUGA